CGUUAUAAAUGUUUAUAUGCAAAUAGUACUAAUCUGACCAUAUGUCAAAUCAUAUUUUUUUGUAAAAUAGAUCAAUUGAAAAGUGUUUGUUAAUUGUGCCGCAAACUUCAAGGGGCGCCACUAUACGAUUUUUUAUCUCAGGAAAAAUGUCAAAAACAUUGUUUACACCAACAGUGAGUUCAAGCGUAAUUUUUGAUCGAUUUUGAUAAACAUGGUCUUAUUUUAAAGACGAAGGUUUAAACGAUGAGUUAUAUCUUGUUAACAUUGGUAAUAUAACCUAAUAAUGUUGCCUUCAGAUUGCGAAGAAUUAAAGCGAAUUGACACCAUAUUACUUUGUGGGAUAUGUUAUGAAUAUAUGGAAACUACUGUCAUUACACCGUGUUCUCAUAAUUAUUGUUCUCUUUGUAUACGAAAAUAUCUACAUUAUAAGACACAAUGUCCUACUUGUUUCGAAGAGAUCUUUGAAAAGGAUUUGAGAGUAAAUAAAGCUUUGGACGAGAUCAAACAAUAUUUCUUAGAGUUAAAAGAGAAAUUAGCUAAGUGCGUUCAAAGUAUUCAAAAUGAUAAAUUAAACGCGAGUCAUUGUAUAUUGUCGAAGUCUAAAUUUUGCGAGGAAAAUUUAAUCGACGAAAAACAACUAAUCGUUAGUCACGGCGAUACUUUUAAUGACGAAGUUCAACAGUGUAUCUCAAACAAUUUGGAAAAAAUUGAAUAUACAUUACACGAUGCAGGAACUGCUUUACUUAGUCCGAGUACCAGUAAUACAUCUAAGUUAUCAUCUUUUUUUACACCAAAACGUAAGAAGGUAUCUCAAAAUAUUAUUAACGAAAAGGUAGUAUCAUGUCCAGUUUGCAAAGUAAACGUUUUAGAAAAGAAUAUAAACAGACAUUUGGAUGAUUGUUUAAAGAGAGAGGUAACGAAAGAUAAGCCUGUCAAACCUAAAUCAAAGCGUAAACCAUUGCCAAAGUUGGUCCUCAGUUUAAUGAAGGAAGCAGAAAUUAAGAAGAAAUUAAAAGAAUUAGGUCUUUCUUAUGUCGGAGAUAGAAAAGUUUUAGAGUUAAGAUUUCAGAGAUAUACGACUCUCUAUAACGCAGAAUGCGAUAAGGAUGAUCCAAGAUCUGUUUCAGAAUUAAUCAAACAAUGCGACGAGGAAGAAAAUUUAGAAAAAAAAGCAAACAAGUUACCAUUCAUUAAGUUGCAAGUUAAUAGAAACACUGCUGAGAAUAUUAUAGAAGAGGAGAGAAAAAAAUAUUUAGAAAUGCAUAAAAAUAGUUUUGAGAGUUUGAUUUCGAAGAUUAAAAAUACAGGAAGUUCACAAAAAUCAUCGGCAAGACGUUCGAUAUUUAAUGAAAAUGAAGACUCGGAAGCAAGUGCUGUGCAUUCUACAAAUUGCGAAAAUUUGGAUCUGCAGGAUUCGGAUUCAAGUCUUGAUUGUCCAUUACAAAUGUAUUCUAGUGAAAAUCCAAUGAAUUUUUUUACCGUAGAAUUAUUAACUUCUACAAAUGAGGAAACUAAAGAAACUGAUCAUGUAGUUAACAAAAACAAAGAAGAAGAAGAAUUAACUAAUGCAAGCUCAGAUUUUUUUGAUUCUGAAAUAGAAAAAACGAGUAGUAAUAAUUCUCGUAUUUUUGUAAAUGAACAUCCAAUAGUAUCUAACGAGGUACCAUGUUCAAGUAAUACGUGUGCCGAUACGAAAAAAUUAUGUACAGAAAAACAAACACAAGGAAAAAAGGCAUCGAUGCAAGAAACGCAAGAGAAGAAUGAUAAUUUAACAGAAACAAUAUUAGAAGAAUAUGUGUCUGAUUUUUCAAGUAAUGACAGUGUUGUUUAUAAUUCAGAUUUUGAGGCAUUUGAAAAUCAAGUUUAUAAUAUAGUUAGUGGUAUAGACGUCAAAGAAAGUGUAUAUAUAGAAUCGAAGUUGGAGAAAGAAAAUAUUAAAAAACGUAAGAAAAGAAGAUAUGAUAAUGCGAUAAAGGAAGAAGAAAAUGCUUCGAGAAAGAGGCAUAAAAUAAAAUUACAGACUAAUUGUCUUAGCGAACAAAAUCUACUUACUCGUGACGGAGAUCAUCUCGAUGAAUCUUACAACAGUACGGAAAAUAAAUUUUCUACAAAAUUACAAAGGGAAAAAGAAGAACAAUUAACGUCCAUGGCGUGUACUCCACCGAGAAAGUCUAAUAGAUUACGAGCUAAAAAUAAUCAUCCUAUAACUUGUAAUACGACGGAACGAUGACAUUGCGAUUAUUAUUUAAACAUAUUAUUAUAUAUAAUUUAAAGAUUCUAGUAAUUGGAUAACGCUUGAAAUUUUUUCUAAUAUUUAUAUAUACGUACAUACAUACUUUACGCAAUAACAAUCAUUGUGUUUAUCUAUUAUUAUUAAUGUUUAUAUCAUAAUUGUUGACAUGCCAGAAAAAGAGAUAAAUAUCAAAAUCAUUAUCAAA